UGCAGCCAAACAUGUUGCUACAGAGUUCGUUGUUAUGUUGGCGUCACUUCGGCUGAAUGCUUGGCCAUUGGCUCAGCAAGAGGGCAAAACUGACCCUGCGUUGACGCAAUAGUCAACGAGUUGGGGUCAUAAGAAAGAACUGCUACGAGGAGUCGUGCGUGGUAAGGCCCAAGGCUCGGUUUGAUGCAGGAAAUCACGGCUGAAGAGCUCGAGAAGACUUGCAGCGCCAUUGCGGCCAAUGUGAAACCGUGGGAGUCCGGCAGCUUCCAGUACGUAAAGAAAAUCGAAGAUGCUGGACGGAACCAUGGGCGUGUUGAUAUGAUGAAUGGCAGCAGAUACUCUUGCACAGUGGCAGUGAAAAAGAUGCCGAACAGGUGGGUGGAAAAGGGCCCGAAGGAAUUUGCCAAAAAGCAUCCCAGCGAAUGCGAGUGCCCUUGGCGAAGCAUUGCUAUCCUUCAAGAGCUCACCAACAAGGGUUUCGAUCCCACGUGCCGGCUGAUGGAUGUCUUCAGAGACGACCAUUACACCUAUGCCGUAAGUGAAUUGGCUAGUGGAGGUGAUCUGUUUUCCUGGUGCUUGAAUCACCCGGUUCCAACACCUGAUCGAGAGGCGGAAAUGCUCCCACUGGUGGCUCAGACUUUCUCUGCGGUGGAAUGGCUUCACACGCUGGGGAUAGCGCAUCGUGACCUUUCACUGGAGAACAUUUUGCUAACAGGCUGCGGGGAGUCUCCGCAGUUGGUGAAGCUCAUCGACUUUGGCAUGGCACAUUUGGGGCGCUGGUGCCCUGCAGCCACCACCUUAGGUCCAGGGAAGCCAUCCUAUCAAGCCCCGGAGCUUCAUCUCAAACGCGAAUACGAUGGCUUUUUGGCUGACACCUUCUCCUUGGGGGUCGUCGUCUAUGCCAUGGCGUUGGGAAACUACCCGUGGCAAUCCACCAAGCCUGGUCGCUCUCGGGUUUUCGACUGGGUCUCCUGUCACGGCAUUUUGCCAUUCCUGCAGCGGCGUGAAAUUGCCGGCUGCUUCUCAGAAGCCUUUAUAGACAUGAUGGCAGCACUGCUGCACACUCAACCUGCACAGAGAUACGGUCUCCUUCAGUUGGGCAGCAACAAGGAGGCGCAACGCUCGAUUUGGGAUUGCAAGUGGGUUGCAGCUCCAACCACUCAAGGUCAAUGGAGGAGAGGUAUUUCCAGCAAUUCAGUUAGCACUAUGGCCACGGAGACAGAGUCAGACGCUGAGGAGCACGGCACAGGUCGCCCAGUGUCUGCCUUUGAUACAGUGGAGCUCACAGGUUUGGCUUGCUGAACGCCAGAGGCGCCAAAGCACAUGUUUAGGCCUUUCUGUCGAUUUUAGUUGAAGGAUUGCGAUGAUCUGCUUGAUAAUGGUUGUUGAUGGAUUGCUUGAUAGACAAACGAUCUGCAGAUAUUUUCCAACCUGUGUAUCCCAUGUUUUCCUCAUCUUCAGGGAUUCUUGGUGGAAACCAUGUGCCCUUCCUGGUGUCAACAAGUGCCGGCCUAGCUGUGCUCCAAAUUGACUGUAAUGCCUGGCCACUAGAAGGUGAUCUUAGGCGUCUUGUUUUUUUUGUACCCUCACCCGGUAGCACUUGCAGCUUUCCAGCAGACAAGUGCCUGGUACGAUAGCUCUUCGAUCUCGAGUGCUGAGCUGAUGAA